AUGAAGGGACGAAAUGAACUUAUUGCUCGGUAUAUCAAACUACGAUGCGGUAAAACGCGAACUCGGAAACAGGUAUCCUCGCAUAUCCAGGUGUUGGCACGGAAGAAGAUGCGCGAUGAACAGGCCAAGAAGAAGGCCGAAUGUCCUGUGCAGACUGUGGCUCCAGCAGCUGCAGCAGCAGUCGCUGCCGCGCCUCCUCCACGAGUGCCGAACACGCCUCAAUUCCCGACGGUACGUUUUUUUACGUUAUAG